UCAGGCCAAGGAAUUGACUGAAAGUCCUUUGAACAGUAAAGUUUAGUGUUUUAGUAUGAUAUCUGAUAUAACCUGUGAUAUCAGUUGGUAUCUGUACAACUUGUAAUUAUAUACAAAAGUCAACUUCCUGGCUAGACUAAAUAUAUGAUAAUAAAGUUGAGUUGCAGUGUGAUAGUGCUAUUGCUGCUGUGUGAAAAGUCAGGGUGCUUGUCUUUCCUUUAUCCACCAACAGGCUUGUAUACUUUGAGCUAAUUCAUUCGUUUUCACCUUGCAUGAGGUUGGGACCGUGCUGUUUCUUGUGCACCCUACAACAUUACUUUCAAAACUAAACAUGCUCCAAGGCACAUGGAUUGAUAUCUUUAUAUUCUGGCCUUCUAUUACAGCCAUUAGUUUCAUAAGUCAGGGAAUACGUUCUCUGCAUGCUGCAGCCUGGUAAACGUGAAAAGUGCUGCUGGACACACUGAGUAGUGUCAUUAAGGCAUCAUCUCAUUUUGAUCCACUUUUUAAGUUGCCGUUGGGGUCUGAUUUGAAAUGAGUAGCUUUGUUUUUCUGCUGUGCUUUUUAAAUUCAUGCUUUGAUGGUUUUUAGCAUUCCAUGCAAUUCUGUAGGGUCUUUUCUUGCCAAAUGUUGUAAGUCGGUUUAGGUUGAACUAGUGUUUACAGCGGUCUCAGUGCCUGGCGAAAUUUUUUUUUUGCAAGGAGUUGUUGCUAUAUUGUAUGACAAGGUUGAAAGGGCAUCAUGGUGUGAGAGAGAAUGCUUUUCAGUGAAGUAAUGAAAAGGGAACAGUUGUGGCUGAAGGAAAAAUACUACAUCGAUGACUUUGGAAUUCAGCUUACCUUAACUUCCUUAUGCCUCUUGAAGAGAUGUAUAUUUAUUCUGGUUAGUUUCAUUGGAAGUCAGCAGGAGCAGAAUUGGAUCCUUGUAGUUCUUGAUUUAUAGUUUUGAGUUUGUAAUCCGCACUAGAACAAAAAAAAUAUUUUCAGUUUAGGGAAUACUCUUCUGAAUUAAUUUCCUCAAAUUAUGCAAGCUGCAUUGUUGUUGGUACUUUUUUUACCCCCAGACUUCAGUCUAAUUUUUCUUUAAUUGUUUUAUUCACUUCUUAUUUUUCAGGAGUCUUUGAAAAAUCGUUAGUGGUCAUGACAUUGUUACAAGUGACAUAAAUUAGCCAGUGGCUCAGAAUGAUGGAUACCCAGAAGACUGCAAAUGGUUUGCAAGUGAUUGGAGAAGGGACUGGUGUAGGGAAAGCGACCCUCCACAUGGUGGGGUAUUUGGGAAAAAACAGGGUUCCUGCUGAAACAACUGCACAUGAGUAUUGUCCAGUCUGCAGAGAGAAGGGUCAGAUCCAAGGCUUACGGGCUUACCGCCUCAAUUUUCAGGAGUCCAUUUUUCUUUGUGAAAAUCCUCAGUGUAUCUACCCACUUGGUUAUAAACCAUUAAACAGCAUAAUUACUUCUACUGCUUCAGAAAAUUAUCAAGUUCCAUCUACUCACAAGAAAAGGAAAUUGGGUGAUACCAGUGACUUUUCUGCUGUUGAAUCAGAUCCAAAAAAAGCAAGAACUAACAGUGUGUUAAAUGUUAAGCACACCAUUAAUACAGAYUCUGUGGUGAAAUGCUACCAGGAUGUCUCGUGCGUUCCCAAGGCAAGCCUACAUGAUGUAUUGCAAAAUGACCAACAAAUCCCCGGCARCAGCGUGGGGUCCUGCAUGCAGAAGGUGGAUUUUGAAACAACCACCAAGACCAACAACUACCAAGAAAGACUUGGUAGUCCACCAAAGACUUGUACACAACCCUUUCCAGAUUCAAAGCUUUUGUUAACAGCAUCUGAAAUUUCACCCAAAGAGGAUAAAGGUUCCUCUAAUGACAGAGAUGUGUGUCUUCAGUGGAGAAACGUACAUAAUCUUUGUUGGUUAGAUUGUAUUUUGUCAGCACUGGUACACUUAGAAACAUUAAAGUUUGCUCUAGCAGAAGAAUAUAAUGAUGGAAAAUGUUUGCUUCAGAAGCUCUUAAAGAAAUACCAUCAAGCAUCUAUUCUUCUGUAUUCCUGYAAAAGGAGUAAAGUAAAAGAUGUUCUUCCAAAAGCAGAAUCUCAUCUCAAUGAAAUCAGAAAUGUAAUGUUUACACAACUUCAGCCUCAGCUUAGGUGUGAACUGGGUAACAUGGAGAAUCCAGUGUUUGCACUUCGGCUGCUCUUGCAACUGGAUCAACAAGCUGAGAAACUAUUCUUGCACUCUUUUUCAUGGAAGUUUGGAUGUGCAUGUUGUGGCCACAAAUACCAAGACAGAUUGAAGAAAACGCUAACAACAUUUACAAAUAUAAUCCCUGAUUGGCAUCCACUUAAUGCUGUUCAUAUUGGACCAUGUAAUAACUGUGGUAGUUCAUCUCAAAGACGGCAGAUGAUCUUGGAAAAAGUACCCUCAAUAUUAAUGUUACAUUUUGUGGAAGGCUUGCCACAUAACAACCUGGAGAAAUACUCGUUUCAGUUUGAGGAAGACACGUACCAAAUAACAUCUAUUGUUCAGUAUCAAACAGAUAAGAAGCACUUCAUAAGCUGGUCUUUGAAUCCUGAUGGAACUUGGCUUGAAUGUGAUGAUUUAAAGGGACCAUAUUGCAAGAGACAUGAAAGAUUUGAAGUUCCUCCUUCAGAGAUUCAUAUUGCUAUCUGGGAAAAGAAAGCAUCACAUGUGCCAGAAGAACUGAAUUCCCAGUUCCAGAGUAAAAAGAUUGAAGAUUUUUCUCUGAAUAAUGUACAGUCAAAUUCCACAGUGUUGCACUGUGGUUUUGAUAACAUUGUGGGCAAAACACCUGCAGAACACUGCAAAGAGCAUUCUGUGAGAACUCCAGAGAAGAAACAGCAGCAAGUAGCUGGAGAUGAAAGUAUUGCUCCUCAUAGCUUAGAAAAUCUGGCAGAUGGUGAUCUUGUAACACUGAUGCUUGAAGAAAUUCUAGUUGACUCGGAAGAUAAAUCACUGCCGAAUGGACGGAUGGUGGGAAAUAACCUCAUUGAUGAAAGRGGCACACCACAACAGCAAGAACCAGCUUUUUCACUUAGCACUCCACAUACAGGAGAGUUUGCUGGAACUAGUCUAGCUAUGAGCAAUAAAUCCAUAUUAUAUGAAAAUUCCAGUAUUGGCUUACCUCUACAAGAGUUGAACCCAGUAAGUAUUUCUCCUGCUGUGCCUGAAAACCAUAACCCUGAUUCAUCUGACUCAUCACCUUCUUGGACAAAUGACAGAACUAACCUAGCUUACAGAGGACAUGGACUAAAUUCAGAUCUACUGUUAAACAAGAACUUGUUAGCAGUAGAAAAUACUAUACAAAAGUCACCUGACUUGAAAGAUGCAAGCAAAACUGUAGUUAAUUCUCAAGCUCACAGUUCUUCYGCUGCCAAUAAUUCAGUUCAACCUUUGCACAAAGACCAAAAAGGAGGAUUUGUAGGAAGCUGGGUAAAGAAAUUAUUAAACAAGAAUACUUCUUUUAUGCCUUCAAGUGCCUCAGCUCUUAAGAAUGACAAAAGCUGCAGAAUUUCCUCACUGCAAAAAAUUAGUGAAGUACGGCUGCCAAUUAAGGGUGCAAGUAAUUUUGGUGGAUUUCAAAGCAGAGGUACAAAGAACACAACUGAGACCCCAAAGUUACUGGCUCUUCAGAGUAAUAAUACUCAUCCUUUAUUAAAUUACAAAGGUUUUUCUCAAAGCACUUGUCUUCCAACAGCAAAUCAUAGCAGUGUUGUAGGUCCAGCUUGGAAUAAGUCGGGAAGUGCUUUGGGUACCUCGGGUAAAGUGACUCAGUACCCUUCACCUGGCUAUAACUCUGGGAAGGCAGAAGAGUCAGAUAGUGACAAAACAAAAAAGCUUCGCCUAAAAUUGUUGAAAAAACUUAAUGCUAAAAAGAAGAAGUUGGCUUCAUUGGAUAGAUUAGCAGUGGAACAGAUGAAACAGGAAAAACCUGUGAGUGAAGAUGUAAGCACCCCAUCACAUAUUGAAUCUCAAAAUGACAGUGAAUUAUUGCAGAGCUUUUUAAGGGAGCUGCAAUAUCAGAUUGAUGUCACAGGUAAUGAAUCUGAAUUCAGUGCUAACUCAGUGCCAGGGUGCACUGGCCAGAAUAACACUGAUGAAAUACUGGCAGAGUUACUGUCCCCUGCUUCAACUGUCACUUCCUUGGAGAAUCCGAAGAGCGAAGAUGAGUGUAUGUACAUGGAAAUGGUGGACAGCAGCGUGGGGACAGUUGUGUCCAAUGAGAAGGCCAGUGUGCCACAGGCAGCAGUGACAAGUGAGGACCACAAUUAUUACAGUCCUGUAAAGGAUGCUAAUUUGGAGCUUGAUGCAAUAAACAAACACAGUGUGAAAAAACUUUCUUUUGAAAGUCCUACAAGGGAUGAUAUCCUUGAAGACCUGUUCUCCAUUUCAGCACCAAACUCAAUGGCAGGUGACCUAGAUUUACCUCAUUUUGAUGAAACUCUGUUUGAAACUUGGUGAAUACUUGGUUUCUUGGGUUUAAGUAUUUUCUCAGUAUUAUGUAUAUUUUGAAACAAAGCACUACUAAAUUAUAUUAUAUAACUAGUUUAAUUGCACUCUGGCUGUAAUUGAACAGUUUACAUUUGAGGUAUGUUUUUCCUUAACAUUUUAUUGUAACAAGCAAAUCGCGGUUUAAUGAAUUUUAUUUUUCUGAGAAGCAGUUAUUUUAGCUGUCAGAUAUGAUGAUGAUUUUUAAUUAAAAGCUCCUAUGAGUCUUAAUUGUUGCUUCUUUUAAUAUGAAAAACAUCCAUACUCCAGCAAGUUUGAGAAAUAAUUCAGUAGUUUUGAUGAUGUAUUACAGAAUUACUCUUCUACAAGCUCAUGCUUACGUAUACAACCCUUGGAUACAAGAAAAGAUGGAUACAUAGUAGAAAUUGUCCUAUUCCUUGUGGGCAACUGCAAAUAUAAUUUUGCAGAAUAUUCUUCUGAGCCAGGUUAUUUUUUAAAUUAGAAUUAGUAAGAUAUGGUCCAGAGUUUGCAUCACUAAGAAAGAAUAUCAGAUGUACCUUUUAGUUACUCUUAGCUGCAAAACCAUUUCAUAAAAGAAAGGUUUUUCAGAAUUAGUUUAACUGUAAGUUAAUGCCUAUUAAUGUUGUCACUUGGAGUUUUUCAUGACUCAAGCAGUGCACCCCCAUCCGUAUGUGAGAUGCCAGGGAGAGGCAAGGUCAGAAGGAAGAAAGUAAUGGAAAACUGUGGCAAGAUAGCAGUGAGUAAGCAGAAGGAUUCACACCUUGGUGUUUCUGGAGUUGUAUAGCUUUCAUUUUGUUAGAUGGGAAUCUUUUUUAAAUGCAUAGACACAAAGCUGAGGGUAUUAUAUGCCAAGUUAGAUUGGCUGUAAUUGAAAAUAUAAAGGAUUUUAUCAGCAAGUCUUUAUAUCAGGCAUUUUUAGAUGUUUAGGUGUUCUGCAUUUUUUCAUUGUUUUAGAUUCCAAAUUCAAAACACUAAGUGCUCAGUCUUUUUCGGUAGAUGCAGUUGAACAUAAUAUUAUUACAAGGCAUGACCACAGAUUUUAAUKGUCUUGGAUUGUUUGAACUAGUUCUAAAAAGUGUUUGAAAAACUGUAAGUGGCCCUGAACUCAACUUAUUUCUGCUGCAAUUGGGUACGUUGUUAUCAAACUGUUACUUCAGGCAGUGAAUAGUUUCAUUCUGGAAACAUGUGUUUUUGUGGAAUUGAGGUUCUUUGUUUUAAAUACUGUAACUGAUAAUGUUACAAUAGAAAACAAGUGAAUGGAUUUUGAAUGUAAAGGGCUGGCGUACUGCUGGUGAAAUGUUUACCCAUUUGUGAUUUCCCUCAUUAAAACAAAAAAAAAAG